AAGCAAAGACGCAUGUUUUGUAAUUCACUUGUAAAUUUUGCCUAAAGCAUACAUAUUUCAUUUUACAUAAUUUAUUUACACUUUACACAUCAUUGCUGAAUAUAUUUCAUAGAGUCUGAUAUUUGAUAAUCAACAAAAUUUAACAGACAUUUUGUUCUAAACGGUUUUAAUUUCAAUAGUAAUGUGUGGGUAAAUCUAAUUCAUCAAGCGAAUGUGUAACAGAGAAUAUAAACAAUUGCAGAAUUUUUAUUCUGUUCGUAAAAUAUAUUAUAAAACAUCAUCUUUUGUGUAAUAAAAAUAUGGCUCCAAGAAAACGCGUGAACCAACUAAAUGAAGAAGGGGAGGGAACUAGAGGGAAAAAAGGGCCAAAGAAGAUCACUAAAUUAAAAGCUCCAACUUCGAUUAGAGUGGAAGUACCAGCGAAAACUACAAAGAAUACUAAAGCCAGAGUGGUGACUAGUCAUAAAUUAAAGUCCAGUGAUGCAAAUGGUGCAAAAAAACCAAAAGCCAGGGUAGUCACUACAAAAAAAUUAAGCAAGAAUGAAAUAAAAAUUAUGUUGGCUAAUGAAGUUGUUCAAGCUCAUUUUUCAAAAAUACCAAUAAUUCCUGAGAAGCCCGUGGAACCAAUAGUGAAACGAAAACCUGGACGUAAGAAACUCUUGAAUAAAGAAACGUGUGAUGUAAAGGAAGCAAAACCUGUCAUUGCAUCUGCAAUCGAAUCGGAUGCUCAUUUUGCAAAAAACACAAUAAUUCCCGAUAAGCCUUUGGAACCAAUGGUAAAACGGAAACCUGGACGUAAGAAACUCCUGAAUAAAGAAACGUGUGAUGUAAAGGAAGCAAAACCUGUCAUUAUAAUAUCUGCAAUCGAUUCAGAUGGUUCAGCUUUUGAAGAAACUCCCGAUACAAAACCGAAAGACAAGGGGCCCAAAGGAUUGCAAAGGAAAAAUGCAGCAUGUACAAAUACUGUAACAAUAGAUAAGAACGUAAAAGAUGAAUCAGUAAAUCGAAGUUACGUAACUAAACGGGGGUUAAAUACAAAAACGUGGAAGAGAACUGCUCAAAAUACUGUAAAACUUGGACAAGUCGAGCAUAAACCAAGAAAGAGAAUAAGAAAAGGUAAGAUUAGUGCUACUGUACCUGCAAAUGAUGAAAAUUUAACAACUUUGAACGAAGAUAAUAAAGAAAGUGACAAACAUAAAGAGUCCCUUAACAUUGAAACUGGUAGUGAUAUAUAUCCUGCAUUAAUAAAGACAAGAACAACUUCUGCUGGAUCUGAAUUGUCAUGGACUAAAGAUAUUUCAAGUUCUAGUACUACUACUUGCGUUACAGUGUGUUCAAAAGAUUUUGUACGUUUCGAUAACAAAUUACCUAUAGUCAAACUUACUCAUAUUAAAAAUAAAUUGGAAAUGGGUAAUAGUGUUAACGAGAAAGGUGAAUCUUUGACAGACAAUGAAACUGCUGAUGAGGAAUGUAAUAAAGGCUCAGUAAAGGAGCGAAGCGUUUCCCCCACCGCCGUAUCAGUGUCCCGAUCUUUGUCUUUGAGUUCGUCUUCUUCGUCUUCAUCAAGCUCAGACUCGGACAGUAAUAGUAGCGGUAAAAGUGCUGCAUUAGAAGAAAAUGUUGACAAAAUUGGUGAAGCAAUAGAUAAGCUUACAUCAAAUUUGAAAAAAUUCGAUCUGGAAAUUAUGACUUGGAUAGGCUAUGAAGAUGAAAGUGUUAGUCCAGUUACACAAAAUUUCCAUGACAAGAUAUAUAGGUUGUUAAAAGAAGAGAGUCAAGUUAUAGUACAUUGUCAAAACAUGAAGAGGGUGCUGCUAGGUGACGAUACUAAUUUAAUUUCUGAGGCUUAUGUUUGUGAAAAUAAAGAAAAUUCCGAUAAAGGCGCCAAUAAUGAAGGUUUUAUUAAGCCUGAUAGUAUAAAUAAAACAAAAUGUGAUAAAACUGUUCAUAACAACAAUGAUUUAUCAUGCAUCAAAGGUGCUAGCAACGACAAAAGAAGAGAUCAGAAUGAAGAAGUGGAAAGUGAAGAUACUUUAGAAAUUUCAAUUGAUGAUAGAUGCAAUGAUGACGAUGAUGCGUUGUCUUUGUUUGCUGAGAGUAUAACCGGUAUUGAAUCUUCUAGGAAAAACAAUUCAAUUGCAUCUGUAUCGAUUCUCAGUAACAACGAAUCAAAUGAAUAUAUACCACAACCAGUUAGGCCCAUUUUAAAUAAACCUGUUGAAACAGUGACUUAUUUCCCAACAAAAAUUAACAAGCAAGGUCAGGAAGAAGUUGAGGUACAAAAUAAUAAAGCAGUAAUGGUUUGUGAAAAACAAAACGCCGAUUCGACGUCAAUAUACAGAAAUUCUAAAAGUGAUACAAAUAAUAUAAUUCACGGGGACUUAGGUGAUACCAGCAAUUUGCAAAUAUUUCACGAAGAAAAUAAUAAAUCUCAUUCAUCUUUCAAUACUAUUACUAAAAAUAUAAAUCCUUACCAGUGCCGCGUUCUAAUGGCGUCUAUUUAUAAACCAAUACUGGGAGUUAAAAGUGUUAUUUUUGGGGGUGUAUGUUUUUUUAAUCUUAUAAAAAGUUGCAAAAAAUCCAGAUGUAGAUUUUUACAUGCCUAUCCUGAUAAUGAUAAGAUAAAAUCUAGGUUAACAAGACUAAGUGAAGAAUUGUUCAUCCAAGAAUAUAUGUUAUUACGGAAUUGGUCUAUACUACGAAGACAAUAUGGCAUACUUUUCGUUUUGGAAGGAAUAAGAAGAGAACUAACGAGAAUUGUUGUUGAAAUGGCAAUUGACUUUGUAUCAAAAGCUAAUCCCAAUUCAAAGGAAGAUGAAACAUUAAAAGUAGAGGUUGUUGAAACAGUUUUAUUGUAUUUAAAUACAGUCGACAUAUCUAUUGUCGCCGAUAUGCUUACUUUUAACGUUAAGAAUGGAGAAAUUCUUUGCGAUAUUUUCAUGCAAACGCUAGCUGAGACUCAGAACUUUUCUAGAUUCAAAAUUAUUUUUAUAAAUUUAACUAAUUUAAUUCACAAAAUCCCUAGGCAGUUUAGUUUAAAUGUUGCUACAUCACUAUUGGAAAGGGUUUGUAUAUUGCCAUUUGAAAAACCUUUGGUGCUGGCUCUAUUAAACAUUCUAAAGGGAACAUCACCAGAAAUAUUCCAAAAUAAAAUGAUUUGUCAUCUAGAAAAUCAGCUAUAUACUGAAAGUGAAGAUCUAUACGAUAAAUUGCUAACAAUUAAAGAUCAAAUUGCAGAGAACGAAUCUGUGAUAAACGAUAACAUAACAACUCCGCCGCUUAUUAAUUAUAAUUUAUAUCCAACUAAAAUGAAUUCUACAUUACAUAUGGAGAUAGAUAAAAGAUUAUCGCCGGAUACUACUAACUUGGACAACUUGAAUAAAAUCCACAAGGAGCCUAUAAUAACGCGUACGAUAAAUACAAAUCGAAUUUGGUCAUUUGAACAAAAUAAGAGGCCAAUACAUGUUUCGCCAAACGUAUCGAUUUCUUCGCAUGGUAAUGAACUUAGAAACAAUGGAGAGCACUAUAAAAAGUGGAAUAAUAGAACGAUAUUUGAUAAAAUAACGACGACUUCUAAGCCAACUCCUGGGACUACGAUGAUGAGGCUACAAGGCAUACCAAAAUUUAAGCGUCGCUUGGACCAACAUCGGUUUCCUUACGGAAACAGUCCUACUAAAUAUCCACGAAGAUCUGGACCCGAUUUCCUGUAAUAAGCCGAAAUCAACGUACGAGCCGCUGUCGCCAUCUACCGUACGGCAUAAAAAUCUCCCGCCAAUUCUCAUAAUCGCCUUACAAAAACUACGGUACGAGAUGGCUUAAAUCUCUUAUGCAUCCGGGGUGCUGACAGUGUGGACAAGUUGCUUGAUAUUUUCAAUUUUUUUACAGUAACUUUUUUAAAUCUUUGUAGUACAAGAAAAAGAUAUGCUUUUUCUAAGCUAAUGUACGUAAUAUAUGUUAACAUAUUACUGCAUCUUAAGUUUUGUUAUAUUUACGACCCGUACUGUGGGAAUAACUACACAUUUACGUUAUAAUUUUUCUAUUAUAAAAGUUGCUUGAUUGUUCCUUCUAAACUUAUGGAAAUAAGAUACUAUAUUUGUAAUUAGAACCACAUUGCUGAUUUAGAGAAAAUAUGCUGAACAAGUUUUGUUAUAAGUGUAGAUAUGAGAAUGAUUGUCAAAUUCGUAUAAUUAGUAUAUUUAGUUUUCAAGAGAUUUUGACCAAUAUUUAAUAUUUGACAAUGUUUUCUCUUAUUUCAAUUUCAUUAAAAAAAAAAACAAUUUUAUUAAAAAAAGCAAUUGUAAGGAAAUAUCUGUGCCUACCCACAUAUUUUAGUUUUAAAAUGAUAACGACGAAGUGUCCUAAUGUUAAUAUUAUACAGGUUAACGUGAAUAACAGACAUACUCAUAGCGUUGCUUAUAUUUAAUAAAAGUUAAUAUUUUUUUUUAUAAUGGACGCCGAACCGUUAAGAUCUUGUUUAUAAUGGCAAUAAAAUAAUGUUUUUCUCAGAAAAAAAAAAACAUAUUUUUAUUACAAAUAGUAGUUAAUAAGUUGCGGUGAUAAGCAGAUAGAGAAGUGAAUAUUUUUAUAAUGUCUGUACAAAUGUAAAUAAUCAGCACAUAUAAUUGUUAAAACAGUAUAUUAUAACGGUAAGAUUUAAAUAUGCUAAUAAAUGUUAUGUUUGAAUUUCUUUUUAAACUAAAAAAGAAUUGAUUGUUGCCAGUGUUUAAGAAAGAGAUGAAAAGUUAAGUAGGUUUUUUUUUAGUUGUAGACGACUCCUCAGCAGCCUUUAUAUUUGAACACUAUAAUUCGAGACUUUUAUAAGUCUACUUCAGUAUUACUUUAUUAAUACUUCACAAAAACCUCUAUUUUAAUUUGAUAAGACUAAAUAUAGUUGAACGUUGUACUUUUAGACCUUGAUUAUUUAAUGCUGAUGAUCCACAAAUUUUACUGCUUUAAGCAAGUUUUUUUUUACUUACUUUUAAUUUUAAUUAUCUUAUGUUUUAGUUAUGCUUAUAAUCAGUAUGUAAAAGGCUUUUGGAGUGAUUAAAAGACUCGCAUCAAUUCCAGCUCUAAGAUCAUAAAAAGGGAUAGUAUAAUUGUUUAUGUUCGUUUCUUCUUUUUAGCCUAUUCGAUCCACCGAUGGACGAAGACCGUCUCUAAUAAACGCCAUGCUCAUCGGUUUUGUUCUGUUCUCUUCCACCAGGUGCCCGCUACCUUUCCAAGCAACUACGCAACUUAUCCAUUAUCCAUUAUUAUAACCCGUUAAAUAACAUGGUACAUUACAUAUUGCAUUACGACCACUGUAGAUCGUACUCAUGAGGUACUCAAUUCGACUGCAUCUUUUUUUGUGUGUUACCUCAUAACAUUUUCUGGGGUGGACCAAUUGCAAUGAUUAUUUAUUUUUUUAUUUGAAAGCUGGUGCUUCUCAUGUGGUCCCAUAUAAAUUUGAUCAAGGUCUGACCAAUAGUUUUUGAGUUAUUCUUAAUAAUUUAUAUUGAAGUUGGUUGUGCAAAAUUUUUAAUUUUUAAUUAUUUAGUCUGGUUUUAGGCUUUUACCAUCUAAUUUGCUUUCCUUGUAUAAGUUGCCAAUACUUAUACAUACUCUAACGCCGGUAAUGGUUGCACAGAUAUUCCCACCGAAGUAGUAAAUACUCUACCCUACCAAAACUUAAAAUAUUUUGUGAUUGUUUCCAGUGAAGAUUUGCUCGGCGAUUCCUUAUACAGCUGUUCUCUUUUUUUCUGUAAACAUAUAAUUUAUAAUAUUUAAAAUAUUGCAAGUCCAAAGUGCGUGGUUCAGGAACCUGACGGAUUUGGUGACCAACGAGGUUUUUGUCAUAGUUAAUAUGCUUCUGAAUUGCAAUACUUAAGACUGGUAGUUCUUUCCAUUUAAAAUUGGAACUGAACUAGAGAAACCUUUAUGUAUCUUUACUUUUAUGCUAUCCCUUUUUAUUGCAUUUAAUUAAUCAUAAUACGAUGCAUCCAUUGACAUAUUAAUUGUUGUCUAUAAAAUACAAAAAGGAACCUAUAGGUACUAAGAAAAACAUUAAAAUAAAUUGCAAAUACAGUGUUAUUUUACAUAGAACAAUUUCAAGACGGCUAUAAUAAAUAUAUCGAUUAUUUCUCUAUCGUAUAAUAUUAUAUGUUUUUGAUAGAGUUCAUAUUUUGUCAUAGAGAGCAAAAACUGUUUUUUAUACUAGUCUGUAUCGUUAAUUUCCUCAAAUGUAUAGAACUAUUACAUAGGUUGCAUUUAUUCUGCUAAGAGUUAGUUAUAAGAAGUGUCAAGAAUCAUUUGUUUUUUAAAUGUUUUUUUUUUUUCGUUCAAACCUUAAGCUCAAUAAGUUUAAAUAUGU